AUGCGCGACGUGUUGAAUCCGUCAUCCUAUGAUUGCCAAUCGCUUAUCUUCUAUGUGAAUGGCAAUCGAAUCGAGGAAACCGAUGUCGAUCCGAAAAUGACUUUGGCUGCAUAUCUCAGGGACAAAUUGAAAUUGACAGGCACCAAAAUCGGAUGUAAUGAGGGCGGGUGUGGCGCUUGUACGGUAAUGAUAAGUCAUGUGGAGAACGGCGAGAUCAAGCAUUUCUCGGCAAACUCGUGUCUCAUGCCGAUUUGCGGGGUUUUCGGGAAAGCCGUGACAACGGUUGAAGGGAUCGGAAGUGUCGCUCGCGGAAGAUUGCAUCCAGUCCAAGAGAGAUUGGCAAAGGCCCAUGGAUCGCAAUGCGGAUUUUGUACGCCCGGAUUUGUUAUGGCGAUGUACGCGUUGCUUCGGAACAAUCCGAAUCCAUCAGUUGACGAAAUCAACCUAGGACUUCAAGGAAAUCUAUGCCGUUGCACAGGCUAUCGACCAAUUCUCGAAGCGUUUUACAGUUUCGCAGUGGAUGAAUCAGGAACAUUGAAGGUGACAGCAGAAUCGGAAUGUGGAAUGGGAGAAGAAUGUUGUAAGAAGAAGAAGAAGAACGGAGGAUGUAAUGAAGAAACGGUUGGGUACACUGGAGGGGAAAGGAAACGAAAAGUACAAUUAUCCGAUCUGUCGGAUUGUGCGAAAUACGAUGCGACUCAGGAAUUGCUGUUUCCUCCGGAAUUGAAGCAUCACGACUUCGAAAGCAAAUCAUUCGCGUUUGAUCAUCAAACUACAAAAUGGUUCCAACCAACAAACUAUGAAGAUCUUCUCACUUUGAAGAGAGAACAACCAUACGCACGAUUCAUUUCGGGAAACUCGGAAUUGGCGAUUGAGCUUAAAUUUCGAUUCAUUGAUCUACCAGUUAUUAUAAAUCCUCGACAAGUUCGAGAAUUAUACGUGGAAAGAGUUGAAGAUGAAGGGGUUUAUCUUGGAACUGGGCUUUCGCUUACGAAUAUUGAUGAUUACAUGAAGAGAAUGAUGAAGGAGAUGCCAAAAGAGAAGUGCGGAAUCUUCGAAUCGGUCCAUGAAAUGCUUCAUUGGUUUGCCGGAAUACAUGUGAGAAAUGUGGCGUCGAUUGCUGGAAACAUUGCGACGGCGUCUCCAAUUUCGGAUCUCAACCCGAUUUGGAUGGCUGCCAAUGCGCAAGUGGUGCUAGAAUCCGAGGAAAGAGGCGAGAAGCGUGUGCCGAUCGACGAGAAAUUCUUUUUGGGCUAUCGCAAAACAGUUAUCCAGCCGGAUGAAGUCAUUAAGGCGGUUGUGAUUCCGUUCACAAACAAGAAUGAACAUUUCGCCGCUUUCAAACAAGCGCAACGUCGCGAGGAUGACAUCGCAAUUGUGACCGGCGCAUUCCUUGCCGAAGUUGAUCCAUCCACUAAAAUUCUCAAAAACAUCAGAAUAUCUUUUGGCGGCAUGGCUCCAACCACAAAACUUGCCCUCGACACAAUGGAUGAUUUGAAGGGACGUGUCUGGAACAGGGACCUUCUUGACCGGGCACUUGAUGCUCUAAGCGUUGAAAUGGCACUUCCGCCUGGUGUGCCGGGCGGAAUGCCCCAAUAUAGGCUCUCUUUGGCGUUGUCAUUCUUCUUCAAGUUUUUCUUGAAGGUUUCGCAAGAGAUUCAAAAUUCCGACACUUCUGAUUUAAUUGGCAAGACAACAAUUGGCGAAAGUGUGCUGAAACAACUCAAAGCUACACAAGUGUAUCAGGAAGUGAACGCCAAUCAGCCAAUUGAGGAUCCUUUGGGACGACCGCUGAAGCACAUGUCUGGUGAUAAACAUACGACCGGAGAAGCUGUGUACUGCGACGAUAUUAAUAUUGCGGAUUGUCUCCAUAUGGCUUUUGUGCUUUCUCCAAUCGCCCACGGAAACUUGACAAGCAUUGAUCCUAGCGAGGCACUCGCUCUUGAUGGAGUUGUUGGUGUUCUUGACGCCAACGAUGUCUAUACGGGUGCUAAACUCGGACACCAUAGCGAUACUCCAGUGUUUGUCAAGGAUAAAAUCACGUUCCAUGGUCAACCAAUUGCUGCUGUCAUUGCUAGGGACCAUGAAACUGCGCGGCGCGGCGCAGCAAAAGUCAAAAUCGAAUACACUGUCGAGAAACCGAUCGUGACAAUCAAGGAAGCAUUAGAGAAUGAGUCAUUUGUCUUCUCUCAUUUCUACAUUCACUCAUCACUUAAUGAAAACGACACUGUUGUGAAAAAUGAUUGGAGCAAAUAUGAGAAUGUGAUCGAAGGAUCGAUCGACAUCGGCGGACAAGAGCACUUCUACCUGGAAACACAACAGUGCAUUGUGAUUCCACACGAGGACGAUGAAUUGGAAAUAAUCGCUUCGAAUCAAUGCGUCAAUGAUAUCCAGAUCGAAGUGGCGAAAGUUCUUGGAAUGCCGAUGCACAAGAUAUUUGUGAAAGUGAAACGAAUUGGAGGCGGAUUUGGAGGAAAAGAGAGCACUGGAGCUAUUCUGGCCGUGCCGGCAUCGCUUGCCGCGAAGAAAUUCCAAAAACCGGUGAAAAUCAAGUUUGAACGAUUUGAUGAUAUGGCGAUUACUGGAACCAGACAUCCAUUCCGACUGCAAUACAAAGUUGCUGUUGACAAAAACCAAAAGCUUAUUGAUCUCGAUUAUACGGCGUUGUCCAACUGCGGACACACCGUUGAUCUUUCGAUGGGAGUCAUGCAACGCGCAAUGGUUCACGCGGAUAAUGUUUAUCGCUUCCCAAAUGCCGAUAUCACUGGAAAAAUGUGCAAGACAAACUUGGCGUCGAACACGGCGUUCCGCGGAUUUGGUGGACCACAAGGGAUGUUCGGAACCGAAAUUAUGGUGAAACACAUUUGUGAACAACUUGGAUGGGAUCAUGAUGAAUUCCGCGAGAAGAAUUUCUACGAGGAAGGCGAUUGUACGCCAUUUGGAAUGCAUCUCCAUCAAUGCAAUGUUCGCAGAACAUGGCAAGAAUGUCGCGAGAAUAGCGACUACGAUGCUCGAUUGCAGCUGGUCAAAGAGUUCAACGCCAAAAACAAAUACACGAAACGCGGGAUUUAUUUGACCCCAACACGGUUCGGAAUCGGCUUCGGAUUGAAGCAGCUCAAUCAGGCCGGAGCUCUCGUUCUGAUUUAUACCGACGGCACUGUUCUGGUGUCGCAUGGAGGAAUGGAGAUGGGACAGGGAUUGCACACGAAAAUUCAACAAAUUGCAGCGAGAUGCCUUCAAAUUCCCAUCUCAAAAGUUCAUAUCCAUGACACAUCGACGGAUAAAGUGCCGAAUGCAUCGGCGACCGCCGCGUCCGUCGGAUCCGACAUGAAUGGAUUAGCCGUCCAAGAUGCAUGCAGGCAAUUGAUGGAACGACUUGCUCCAUUCAAGAAAGCAAAUCCCGAGGGAGUUUGGGAAGAUUGGGUGAGAGCAGCGUACGUUGAUCGAGUUUCUCUAUCAGCUUCCGGAUUUGGAAUUAUUCACCACGAACCAGUCGACUUUUUCAAUGGCAAAGGCGCUGAGCUCUUCGGAUACAGUGUGUAUGGGACGGCAUGCUGCGAGGUUGAAGUUGAUUGUCUUACUGGAGAUCACCAUCUUCUGCGCACUGACAUUGUGAUGGAUGUUGGAGAAUCGCUGAAUCCUGCCGUAGAUAUCGGCCAGAUUGAAGGGGCAUUCAUUCAGGGCUAUGGUCUGUUCACAAUGGAAGAAGUGAAAAUCAGGCCAGACGGAACUAGACUAACACGAGGACCGGGAACUUAUAAGAUCCCGUCGGCAGACGAUGCUCCACGCGAGUUCAACGUUUCUUUGCUGGGCGGAAGCUCGAACAAAAUGGGAAUAUUCUCAUCGAAAGCCAUCGGAGAACCUCCGUUAUUCCUCGGCUCAUGUGCAUUUUUCGCGAUACGAGAAGCCGUUAGAGCUUAUCGACUGGAUCAUGGACUCAUUGGAUACUUCAAGUUCGACUCUCCAGCAACGCCCGAAAGAAUUCGAAUGGCAUGCCCUGAUUUCCUAUCAAAACAUAUACCAGAAUUGCCGAAAGAAGGAACCUACACCCCGUGGACUUCAUCGGUUUAA